GUUUACUUUUGCAGUGGUAAUAGACGCGACACCAUGUCGUUAAUAAUUCCGGAGAAGUUCCAACAUAUCCAUCGUGUCAUGAACACGAAUAUCGACGGAAACCGCAAGGUUCCAUAUGCCCUCACUGCCAUUAAGGGUGUUGGCCGUCGUUUCGCGUUCCUUUGCUGCCGCAAAGCUGACAUUGAUGUGACCAAGCGAGCAGGAGAACUUUCUGAGGACGAUUUCGAAAAGAUUGUCACAAUCAUGCAGAACCCUUCCCAAUACAAAAUUCCUAACUGGUUCUUGAAUAGACAGAAGGACAUCAAGGAUGGAAAAUAUUCGCAGCUUCUUUCCACGGCUGUCGACAACAAGCUCCGUGAGGAUCUCGAACGUCUAAAGAAAAUCCGCCUGCACAGAGGUCUUCGUCACUACUGGGGUCUCCGCGUGCGAGGCCAGCACACGAAGACAACCGGACGCAAGGGACGCACUGUUGUAGUUACGAAAUACCUGGAAUGA